AUGCCCUGGAGUCGCACCUUGCAAGGCUUUGAUAUUUUUGAAGCUCUGUCCCAAGCAUCUUGCUUAAGGUCACCAGGAAAAUCCAGGAUGGAGCAGGGAAUUGAGCCCUGGUCUCCCAAGUCCUCAGCUGUGCCCAUCUAUGUGCCGUUCCUCAUAGUUGGAUCUGUUUUUGUUGCCUUUAUCAUCUUGGGAUCUCUAGUAGCAGCUUGCUGCUGCAGAUGCUUGCGACCCAAGCAGGAACCACAACAGAGCCGAGCUCCUGGUGGUAACCGGCUGAUGGAGACAAUUCCCAUGAUCCCAAGUGCCAGCACCUCCCGUGGUUCCUCUUCUCGUCAGUCAAGUACUGCUGCCAGCUCCAGUUCCAGUGCCAAUUCAGGUGCCAGGCCUCCCCCUACGAGGUCACAGACCAACUGCUGUUUGCCAGAAGGGACCAUGAAUAAUGUAUAUGUCAACAUGCCCACUAAUUUCUCAGUACUAAACUGUCAGCAGGCUACCCAGAUUGUGCCGCACCAAGGGCAAUACUUGCACCCACAGUAUGUAGGUUAUGCUGUUCAACAUGACUCUAUGCCUCUAACCCCAGUGCCACCUUUUUUGGAUGGUCUACAAAGUGGAUACAGGCAGAUUCAAUCUCCUUAUCCUCCUACCAAUAGCGAACAGAAGAUGUACCCAGCAGUGACUGUGUAACUUCAAAAAAACAAACAGAUUUUGUUACCAAAACUGAGCAGAGGAGACAUACUUUUGGAAUGGAUCUUACAGAACAUUUGUAUAUAAUUUUGAAAGGCUCAUGCAUGUCAGACAGUGUUUAUAAACCAUCUCUUUUGAGUGGGUUCAGUUGCCAAAAACUGUAGGACAAUAUCUUCAAAGUAACAUUUCCAGAUACUUUCAUUCCAAUGCAUGAUUUACAGCGGCAAAGGAUGGUGCUGAAGAUGCAUAUGCAUUUCAGAUAAAACUGUGUGAGAGAGAGAUGCCUGAGCCAUUAAGUGCCCUUCAGGUAUGACAUGGUCAGAAGUAUUUGCCUAAUUCACAGAGUUUUGUCACAUUGUACAAGGCCAUAGUACUUAAGAAACCUUCCUUCUCUUCCUGUUUUCCAGCCCCUUAACAGCAUUUCACCAAUUGCUUCACAGACAAUCACAAUGACAAUGGAAGAUGAAACAGUGCAAUCAUUGUAAGUUAGUAGUUAGACCAAGUUCUGUCAUUUCUUAUGCACCAGAGAUUUGAGGUGAGAUGCUGCAUUAUACUCAUCUUGUGAAAAACCAUUUUUGCUGUCCCUUAUAUUUAUGUAGGAAUUGGAGCUGAAUGUUUUGCAGAUUUCUAACUUGGAAACCAUUCUUGAUUUGACUUCGACUUACAUUCAAGAACCAGUAGUCAUUUGCACAAACUUUGUUGAUCUCUGAACUUUUAAUAAAAACUGGAUAGAAGGGUUUUGCUCUUACUGGCAUGUCAGCAAAACCUUUGAUCUUGCUGUCAUCCUAUUCAUUUCAAGUUUGAACUGUGUUUGCAGAGAAAGGUCAUGUUGUAUCUUCAAAUAUGACCAGAAUUCCCACUUCCUGUGAAACAGUAAACCUGUGUGAAUGUGCACAAACUGGCCAAACCCAGGUUUUGCUGUGGGUUUGUAAUUCAAUUCAACCAUGAGGGAAUGGGAUUUAUUCUCACCCAAAUCUCUCUGAAUUGCCAACCAGUUCUGUUGCUGAAAAACAGUCGCUCCAAACUCAACUUGGGAGGGUUUGCACAGCUAGAACUGAAGGCAGUUUUUAGAGAGACCUUUUCUUUUUUGUAUUGAAAGUAAAAACAAAAGAACCCCCUCCAAACAUUCACUAAAUUCUAACAGCUCUUCAUGUUGUAUAACUUCAGGAUAAAUAAAAUAUAAUUUUAGCAUGAUAUACAAAUCUUUGGGAGUAGUUUAAAUCCUCAAGAAGGUAGCCAGCUGCAGAGUGUGACUUUGCACUAAAGCUAUUGAUUAUUCCAUUUGUAAUAAAACAGAUGAGUUUGUCCUGAGUUGAAAGAAACAACAAAUACAAAAAGUAGUAACAUGCAUUUCAUGCUUCUUUAAAACAAUUCAACAAUAAGUCUAAAAUAAUCUGUGCAUAACAAUCACUUCCUUAUACAUAUUUGGAAUCACACUGGUAGAGAGGACAUACAGGAAAAUACUGUAACCCAGACUAGAGUUUAUAAAAAAAAAAAAAAAAGUUUCUUAUUGUCUAAUGCUGUAUCUGUAUCAGUAUGUAGCAAUAAAUGGGAUAUUAACAUUUUGUUUGACAAUUAUACUUAAAUGGAUUCUGUGACAAGUCUAACAAUUUAUUUAUAAAUGUGCCCCCCCACACACUUUUUUUUUCUUUUUUUUUUUUUUUUUUUUUUACAAAAUAAAGAGAUGUUCUUGACCACUGACAUAGGAAAAUAUCUUAACAAUAGCACAGUAAACUUAGCCUUUAUAAAAGGUUGACUUUCUUUUGAUGAGAAAAGAUUAGGUGUGAUCUUGGGAAGUGCAGAGCACCUCCUGCUAAACUCUUGAGGUGUAAAUUAUGAAAAAGAUUUAGGUAGAGCUCUAUUCAGUAUUGCAAGGCCUGUAGAGCAGAUUUUUUAAAAGUAUUUAGGCUCCUAAAGAUCCAAAUAGACACCUACUGGGAUUUUUAAAACAUCAUUGAUAUCUAACUCCUAUUCUUAAAUAGAGUUAGGCGCUCAGAUGAUUUUUAAAAGUCCCUAGGUAACAAGAUUUAGUCACACGUCUACACAUGCAUUAAGGUGCUUUUCCUAAUGCGCAUUAAGUUUAGUACCUCAAAUGUAAGGUACUAAAUAAAUGCACGUUAGGCUGCCUUAAUGCACAGUACUGAGAGUGCAUGUUUUCUA